CAUACGUAUAUAACAAUAAUAAUAAUAAAAAUAAUGCUUCUUAUUGUAUUAAACGUGAAGAGUGGUUAGUGCUAUAUUAAUAUACAGUAAUAGUAGAACCGAGCGAUCGCAUCGCGAGUGGCAGUAAUCAUAACAAGAAUAAAGAUUUUUUUAAUGUUUGUUGAAAUUUAUAAAAAAAGAAGUCAAUAAAGGAAAAAGGGAACAAUUUUUUAUUCAUGUUCAUAUAAAAGUAAAUUAAUGCGGUAGUAAAUAUAACAUAAUAUCUUGAUAUUGAAAUACAUAAAGUCAUUUAAAAAAUCGAGAUAAAUAUAGGAAAAGAUAAUGACGAACGGGCGUGAAAUGUCAGCGUCACUUCGUGCCCUCCGGCUUGCCGGAACGCUGAUUAUCAUGCUUGUUUGUUGCACUGCCCUUUGUAAUGCCGAAGCGGAAGCUGCACCUGUUGUGUCGGAAACUGGAGCCAUGCGGUACUUGUCCCAGUUUGGAUAUCUUCCGCCAGUGAAUCCAGCCAGCGGAGGAAUUAUCUCCGAGGAAACCCUCUUCAAAGCUAUUUCGGAAUUUCAAUCAUUUGCCGGAAUAAAUAUUACCGGUAACUUGGACAGUGAAACAGCUCAUCUAAUGUCCUUGCCGCGUUGUGGUGUAAAGGAUAAAGUUGGUCCAAGCACGGACGGCAGGUCAAAGAGAUACGCUCUUCAAGGGUCCAGAUGGAAGGUUAAGAGACUGUCAUACAAGAUCAGCAAGUACCCUAGAAUCCUUGACAGAACGGCCGUUGACAAAGAAAUCGCUAAGGCAUUCUCUGUGUGGUCCGAAUACACAGACUUGACAUUCGUGCCGAAGAGCGGACAGGUGCACAUCGAAAUCAGGUUCGAACGCGGAGAACACGGUGACGGAGAUCCUUUCGAUGGUCCUGGAGGCACCCUGGCCCAUGCCUACUUCCCGGUUUACGGCGGAGACGCUCACUUCGACGACUCCGAACAAUGGUCCAUCGACAGCUACCGCGGGACAAACCUCUUCCAAGUUGCAGCCCACGAAUUCGGUCACUCCCUAGGCCUCAGCCAUAGUGACAUCAAGUCAGCCCUCAUGGCACCCUUCUACAGAGGAUACGACCCUCACUUCAUGCUCGAUAGCGAUGACAUCCAAGGCAUACAGGCUCUCUACGGACCGAAGACUGAGGACUCGGGAAGCGGGACAAAGCAUCACCACACGACGGUUGCCCCGCCAGGAGAAGAAGACCCACAACUAUGUACGGAUCCCCAGGUUGACACGAUGUUCAAUUCUGCAGAGGGCUACACUUACGCGUUUAAAGGUGAGCAUUACUGGAAGCUUACGAACGAUGGAAUCGCAGCUGGGUAUCCAAAACUUAUCAGCACAACCUGGAGGGGACUUCCAGGCAAUAUUGACGCCGCCUUUACGUACAAAAAUGGAAAGACGUACUUCUUCAAGGGCUCCAAGUAUUGGAGGUACGUAGGGAGACGAAUGGACGGAGCUUACCCGAAAGAAAUAAGCGAGGGCUUUACCGGAAUUCCGGACAACAUUGACGCAGCUACAGUUUGGACCGGAAACGGAAAGAUUUACUUCUACAAGGGUACGAAAUUCUGGAGAUUCGACCCAGCCCAAAAACCGCCAGUGAAAAGCACAUAUCCCAAGUUGAUUUCGAACUGGGAAGGCCUUCCAGACAAUCUGGAUGCCGCUCUCGUGCACAGCGGCUAUACAUACUUCUUCAAAGGUGGCGCUUACUACCGAUUCAACGAUCGGACAUUCUCGGUGGCUCAGGCAGAUCCGGCUUUCCCGCGGGCGAGCGGAUACUGGUGGUUCGGGUGUCGGUCGGCGAGCAAAGGGACGCUAGGUAAUGUGCAGUGGUUAGGGGAAUCCCCGUCCGUAUUAACCAAUGGCAACCUGGAGGAGGUCGGUGGCGACCUUCUCGGCGGUGAGGACGUCCACGGAGACGUCGGUGACACCAUUUUAGACGCAGGAGGAACCGACGAGGAACUAGCGACGUCAUCGAAUCAGGACUCAGCGAGUUCGUCGGCUCCGGGGAGCGGCCAUCUUGUUAACGGAAAUCCAUCAUGGCGGGGGGCAACCGUGCUCGCAGUGGUUCUCAUCGCAAAGUUUUUGACCGGUUCAUAGCUUCCAGCGUGAUUCCAACGCGGUAGAAUUCGUUCUUCGUUUAACGUUGUACGAAGUGAAGAGGAAUCCAGACAAUUUACGAUCUCAACUUGGACUCGAAUAUGUGACAAAGUGAGAUGGCUAGCCAACAUCCCAAAAACGACCGUUGACGGGACCAAGACAGUUUGAAUUUCGAACUUCAAAUUCAAAAUGCGCGGGGCAUCGACGUCGAUACCAUCGUAACCCUGAAACGCAGGUUGCAGGUACCGCAAAGCAAGUAUACAAAAUCGAAAAUCGAUAUUCAUGAAAAUAUUUUCAGAAAUUAUUUAUAAUAAAGUUCAGACGUUCUUCAAAAACAUACCAUAGUUUCGAACAGAUCACAGGAAGAAUGAAUUAGAACUAAAAAAAAAAUCUAGACACACCUGUAAUAAAGAAAAUUUUCAGAAAAUAUCACGAUUUUCUCGUAGAUCUGGCGAAGUUUUAUAUUUUUUUUUUGUUUUUGCACAGAAAUUAAGAUACUUCUACAAAAUUACUAGAAAUUAUCAGGAUUUGUCUAAAGAUUUAUCAAAAUAACCCGGCAACUGUCGGAAAUUCACAUUUUAAGUAAAUUCGAGAUCAUUUCCGAAAGUUUUG